AGUCCAAUAGCAACAAGACGUUUUGCCUUCUCACCACCGCCAUGGCGAAGCAGCAGCGAGAGCGGAUGCUACUCCAGGCCGCCUUCGACGGCAACCUCCGCCUCCUCCGGAAGAUGGCGCGGGGGCUGGACAUGACGGGGCAGCAAGGCGAGGCGGUCGUCCUGGCGGCCGUCGCGGACGCCCGCAGCGGGAGCCGCGCGCUGCACCUGGCCGCCACCGAGGGGAGGAUGGACGUCCUCAGGUACCUCGUCGAGGACAUCCGCCUCGACGUCAAUCAAACCAAUGACAAAGAUGAAACUCCACUAUUCCUUUCUGCGUUUUUUGGGAGAACUGCUGCUACAAGAUAUCUGAUUGAUCAUGGUGCUGAUCCAAUGAUUGUUGGUAAAUCAGGCUCACCUCUUCAUGUGGCUGUUGGGAAAGGACACUGUGAAAUAGUAGAAUUGCUGCUGUCAAGAGGAAUUGGUAUUGUUUUUCAUCCUCUCCAUGGGACCCCAUUGCAUACAGCUGCUACGCGUGGUCAAGUUAGCACCAUGAAGAUAUUACUGGACCAUCAUGCCGAUCCUAAUAAGGUUUUCAAUCUCGAUGACACCCCAUUGAUUUUGGCCAUAUCAUCUAAAUCAUUGGAAUGUGUCAAACUUCUCAUCCAAGCUGGUGCUGAUGUGAACUUUAGGGACUCUAACGGUGAUACUUAUGUUAUGGUGGCAGCAAAAUAUGGCUUUUCUGGCGUGAUGAAAUGCUUAUUAGAUGCUGGUGCUAAUCCCAAUAUUCCGGACGAAUUUGGUGCAUUUCCAAUUGAAGUUGCUGCUCUUCAAGGCCAUAGGGAAAUUGUUGAGAUUUUAUUUCCUUUAACUUUACCUAUUUCAAUGCUGCCAGAUUGGAGUAUUGAUGGAAUCAUUUCCCAUGUGAAAAACUUUGGUUUGAAGCGGGAUAAAGAUCUUUGUGUAAAAAAGUUAGCUCAACUGAAAUUACGAGGUAAAGAGGCGUUCAGGAGAAAGGAAUAUUUACUUGCAGGGCAACUCUAUACGAGUGCAAUUGAACUUGGAUCUAAUCCUGACGAUUAUGCAACUCUGCUGGCAAAUAGGAGCCUCUGCUGGUUGCGCUUGGAAAAUGGAGAACGAGCUCUAGUUGAUGGUAAUAUGUGCAGAAUGUUGCAGCCUCAUUGGCCAAAAGCCUGCUAUCGGCAAGGAGCAGCUUUCAUGCUUCUUAAGGAAUAUGAAAAUGCGUGUAAGGCUUUUUUAGAUGGCUUGAAGAUUGACCCAACAAAUGUUGAAAUGGAGAAUGCUUUAAGGGCAGCCGUUGAGGCUAUGAGGAAUGACCUGUGCACUAAGAAAAAUCAGUGACUUGGUCUAUAUAUUGUCAAUCACAGCAGGAGAACUUGAGCUUCUGUUCUGUUGCUAGUUCCAGGACAUUUUGGCCACGAUAACUCUUGUGCUUUUGUGAACUUCAGGUGGCAACAGUACUUGAUAAAUGUGCUUAAACUGGAAUGUGAUAGUGUGGUACUUUUUGUACGUAUAUCCACUUGGGAACCUAGUUGUAAAUGUGCCGAAAUGGCAGCUAUUAUGCCUUAGGUGGUAGUCAAGUGUUCUUCCUGCAUGCUUACAUAGUUAUCCGGGAGUUAUUGUUCUGCCAGCACCAAUAUUAUCUGAUGGACUUGUGGUCUUCCUUGCCGUAAACUGAACGUGCAAUGUGAAUUCGUAACACCGACAGUGUGAUAAAGCGACAGCCCAUAAA